CCGGCGCAGUGAGGAUCCGGGUGACGGCGCAACGCGGCGUGGCCUAGGGAGCGACCAACGAAUCGACGAAGGGGGGAACGGAAACUAGCUACGGAGACACGCGGUGCAGAGACGCAGCAAUUCGCCGCGAACACAGCGCGGUGACUGUCAAACGUUUCGCUGUACAUAGCGUCAAAUGUAAAUCGUUUUCUGUACUCUCGAAGUGGAACGCUCGAUCGCCGAUACGGUGCGUCACGAUCACGAUACGCGUAUCGCGGGCUCGUCCAGAGUCCGAGUCACGAUCGUCCGUGCAUCAGCCGGCGGAAGAUUCGCCGCCAGACACUACACGUCGACGACACGUUUCGAACCUGUUCGUCGAUCCGUUUCAUUUCGUUUUUCUCGAUUCGCGCGGUAGCAAUCUGUACGACGCCCACGGUACGGCGCAGCGCGGAGGAGGGUACAGGAGCCUCGAAAAGUGAACCGACAGAGGGAGAGUUUGACUCGGAAACGUGACGUUAGAAUGCCGCAGAGUCGUUCCGUCGAUGGUUGCAGCGCGACUCUUGCACCGCAUUCGUUCCAGACGUUUUGACGAUGUACUCGCGAAGAAACGUAGCCAGCGACGAGAAUGGCUCACGAAAAUGUGUGUUUUGCGUUUCAGAAGCAAGUUAUCGUCUCUAAAUAAGAAGACACCGGGGAACGAAGGGGAACUAGCUGAUAGCGCGUUCGCGCGUCUAUCGGGAAUCGCGCGAACACGUAAGUGACAAGAACGAAGGCUGACCAUUCCACGAAUAGAAGAUGACGCGACGCGCUGGCCACGGCUGACGGAGCAUCGCAUCGAGGCAAUGAAAUCGUCGUCCCACCGUCUUGUGGUUUGGCAAAAUAGAAACGAUUGCGUUCGGGUAUCGGGAUCGAGUUUCGAUCGCACUUGGACUUGGUCUUGGACUUUGAAUCCUACUUGAGAGAUCGAGCUCGAGGCCAACGGCGACCAGGCGUCUGGAAACGAUGCGGACAGAGGAGACGACGAUACGCGACCUUUGAUCGAACUUGGGUCCUAGGAAAGGAGAAGAUCGAAGUAAAUCGGUGAACGCGCGGUCGAUGAGCCGCGAGAACCGGCGGGAUGACGACGGAUGGCUGUUGAUCGGUAUGCUCCGCGCGAGGCGAGAUCGUUGAGAGACGACGCGGACGGUCGCGAGGCAGAAUCGAGACGAAGCAGUGCCGUAGUCCUGGGGGCCCAGGGUAUACGCACGGCGUAUUAAUAGCUCGUAAUAAGGCGGUAGUGGGGCGCUGUCCGCUCGCGGGUGAAAAUAGAAAAGAAUGUUUUUGGAAUCCAAUUGGACUUGGUUGGUCGAACGAUGGGGCAAUAUGGCCGACUUGGCCGAGCGGGUGGACGAUCUGAUAUGCAGUUUCGACUCGACUGGUGACACGACCAUGGAUACGUUAUCGAUGCUAAUAUUCGGUUGGAUGUUGUUCGGGCUGGUGGUGCUGUGCGUCGGUAAAUACGUUUACAAUCGGUUCGUUUUGAACGAGGUUACCUCUGCUACGAUAAUUGCCGCCAAGGACGGCCAUAUCGUUCACGGCGAUAAUAUCGGUGUCGGUGCUGGUGGUGUUGUCGGUAGUGGCGGUGGCGCGGGUGCUGGAGGCGGCGGUGCUGUCGGAAGCAAGUCAAUUCCCGUUGGAAAGCAAAAGAGUGUCGGUUCGGGUGGCUCGACGACCGCCGGAAAGACUUCCGUUGGAUCGAGCGGGGCAGGUGGUGGCGGCGGUGGCGCCGGUUCCGGUGCUACCGGUAGCGGUGGCUUCGCUACGUCCGCCGGGAUCGGUUCCACGGCCUACGUCCCGCCCACUCCACCUGUUCGUAAACGGCUCACCGCCAGGAAAACCUCCGGGGUUCUGAUCAGCCCCGCGAGGAGUUCCAGAAGCCUGCAUUUGCCGACCGCGACGGGCGCCGAUCCCGACGCGGUGCGCUGGGUCAACGAGGUCAUCGUCUGGCUUUACUCGGACCCGGCGAUCCUGGACGAACUAUUGGCGGUUUGGGUCGCCUCCCUCAACCAGUUCACCAACAACUCUGUCGACGAGCAUGGAGUUGGAGUCGAGUUUGUUCGCGUUCUUCCUGAAACGUAUCCACCGAAUCUCUCUAAUAUCUUUUGCGAAUGCGAUUCCAAAGACGAUGUGGCGAUCACCUGCGAUUGCGAGGCGACUCCGGCGUUGCAGCUGAAGGCGUUUCGUCGGAAAGGCGAUAAACUGGACGUUAGGCACUAUCGUGUAAACGUGAAUCGUUUUCGCGCGCGAUUAAACGUAAUUUGCAUCACAGAGAAACUUCUCCUAGAUUUAAAAUGCGACGGCUGGCCGGAGGUGAAAGUUUCGUUGGCCCCCGUAGGCACUAUAAAGAAAGAUCUGGACGAGAGCCAGUUGCAGGAAGUCGUAACGGAAAUUGUGGUAGGCGCAUUAAGGGGGACCAAUGUUCAUUUGAAUCUGUUUCAAUAUCCGAGCUGUCCGCGCCUAUGGAGAGAACAGACAUCGAAUCAAUCCGGCUUCUCGUUGCCGGUGCAUUACGACAGCAUGAGCACGUCCAGCGGUUCUACUCAACCUCAACGUCAACCGACCCGGACCCAGAGUCCAACGCAGAAUCAAUACGUGGCCGGUGACAAACGGUUGCUCGUGAAAGUGGUCAGGGCGACGGAACUCGGCGGAGAGAAAGGCGCCACGGAACCGUAUUGCGUGGUCGAACUGGACGAACCGCCUCAAAAGAAUCAAACCUCCGUGAAAAAGGAUACGCGAAAUCCGUUAUGGGACGAAGCGUUCUUAUUCGACGUGAGUCGGAACACGACGGAAGUGUUGCUGGAGGUUUACGAUCGCGCGAACAAGUCUCAACGAUUUCUGGGUCUGGGCAUCGUGGGCGUCGACGAGCUUCUAGCGAAUCCCAGCCAAAGGCAGAUUAUACCGUUGCAAUGUAGGCCCUACGAGGAGGAUGACAUCACCGGCACCCUAACGGUCGAGUUUCUGUUCAUCGAGGGUGCAGAGGUGCCUCAAAUUGGGAACAAACCUUACAAGGUGAAGGAGACGAUAAAGCCGGUGUCACCGACUCCUCGUACCUACAAUACGACAAAUGUCAUCAGCGACAAUAGUCUAAAUUACAACAAUGGUAACAGCACACUUAUCUUGUACGACUCUACCGUUCUAUCCGAUGGGGACUACCUGACGAACGGCAACGUAGUCGACUCGCCCUACAGAACUGGCCACACCAACGGAAACAAGGGGACCCUGAUCGUGCACAGUCAACAAAGGCAAUCCGAGCGGCAAGUGGUCAAGGUCGCCUUGACGGAAUACGGGAACUGGCAAGAAAUAUCCCCGGAGCAUGGACCCAAAGAUAGUAGCGUGACGUCAGGACCAGAAAGUACACCGAAUUCGUCCAAUUCCGAAGACAGAGGAAGAACGCGAAGAAAACGGCGAGACUUCUUCGGCACGAUAAGAAAGCGAUUGAGUCGGUCUAAAACGAGGAGCAGAUCCGUGGGACCGGAAGGCGACACGAAUCACGAGGACGCUCACUCCAGAUCCAUAUCCGCGGACAGAGCGCGCGAUCCCGGUUCCGCCCGUUUAUCGAUACCAGGAAGGGAAGAGCAGUCGAGGCGUUCCAGUUUGAGCGAGGCGUCCGGAAUAAGCGGAGCGUCGACCAGAACCUACGUAAACGAGGCUUCCACAUUGGUUCUUGAGACUCUCGAGAACGGCAUUAAAAAACAUUAUCUGGUACCGCUGUCGCUGGCGCAGAAAAACAAAUGGAGGAAAAAAGGCACAAAGCUUCACAUAUUCAACGAUCAUACCUUUAUAGCAAAACACAUGGCUGGCGGGACCGUGUGCGAAGUAUGCAAACGAACGCUCGCGAGAAGAUUGGGCAAACAGGGCUACGAGUGUAGGGACUGUCAAAUGAAGUGUCACAAACACUGUCACGUUAAAGUAGAUACGACAUGUCCCACGUCUACUAUUCAGAGCAUCGAACUGUCUCUACUGCCAGUGCUCAGUGAAUAGGAUGGCACUUACAUAAAGAUUCCACGGCCCGAGCGAAAAUCGUCCACCAGUCUCUGCUGACCAAGUCUUGGACGACAGAUCUUGAACGAACAAGCGCUUUUCACCCUGUCCACCAUCGUUUACUAAAAGCGAAUCAUUUUUCUCCCCCCUUCAUCGAGUUGUCGUUCGAAUCGCUUCGUUCGUACUUGUUCACAAUUUACGAGGCAUAUCGCGUUGCACUUUAUGCAAUUAUAGGCAAUCGUACGCGACACAAGCUGCAAGCUUUCCACGGCAAUCAUAAACGAUUAGCUUUCGAGGCAUGAAGCGCUUUCGAACGCGAUAGCAUCGUCGCGCGCGUUAUCUACUUGUCUUUACUACGCUUCUUAACCGAUACAAACGAAUGCGAAUUACGAACGAAAAAAAUAUUAAACGAUACACGACACGAUACGAAAACGAAAUGAAACUGAAACGAACAGAAUGGAAGAAAAUCGUACCGUUUAUCUCGACGUAACUGUUCUCGAGAAGCGAAAUUGUUCUUCAUCAGGAAAAUGGCGAAAAAUCGUGUUUCUAUAUGCAUACGUUUCGUCUCGGAAAAAAAAUAAAAUGAAAUUGACGAGUAAUCGUAAUAUUCGUCCCGUUUCUACAUCCGUUCUUAGUUUACGCAUUCUCGUUCGAAUUUUCAUGUUUUUUUACGCUUCAACGAACCGUAUCCUUCAUCGAAACGUCCGAUUUUCUACCGAUUCCCCGUUUUACGCUCUAACAUCGUAUCUCGCGUCCCUCUUUUCCCAAUUUCAUUAGUUUCUCUCGGUUGUUCACGCCGGGAUGUACCACUGGUGGUACACCGAGCAACCAUCCUAUCGAGCGGCGUGCGUCACCGAUGGUACAUGAUCGUUCACCAACGGUGCAAACGGACCACUUUUAUCUGUCCUUUUGUUAAUAAAAUUAGACAAGGUUUGCAAGUGGAUCUAGGCAGUUGCUUGAAUCCGAAUAGUUACUCUAAAUAAAAUUUAUUACCGUUGUCAACAAAUUUAUUUGAUACGUUACGUUGAAAGAAAGUCAUUUAUUUUUCAGAAUUUCUUUAAUGGGUUUCUUUUUUUAGCGGCACUCGUUUUUCGUUUCUCACCAAGCCUAAAAUGUUCUUCUACGAGAUGUUUCUUUUUUGUUUUGUUUUACGUUUACGAAAGAAAUACACUGGGUUGGACAAACGGCGACGCCCGGUGGAAGAAAGUACAAAUAAUUCACUUUGUCGUGAACGGGUUGGACGCGACAGAAUUUUGGGAAAAGUUGCACGAUCGGGGAAAGCGACGCGGGAAACUGAGUAUGUAAUCGAAAAAUGUCGACGAUAGUGCCUCUAGACGCGAAAGCUUGUAAUUUUCGUAAUAUCGUACGUUUAUUCUGUGGAUGGAAUAAUACUUUCAAUUGAUAUUAUCGACUGUUAUGGGAUGACGUAUCGACUGUAUCGAAAUGGAAUGCUUAUACGCGCACAUUCGUGUCUACGUACACCGUGUAUAGAAAGUCGGCUGAUAAUAUUAUUAUGAUUGUGAUUAUUAUUAUUGUUAUUAUUGUUAUUAUUAUUAUUGAGGUAGGAAAGGAACGGCGGAAUGUUUGUGAAGCAGGAGCUAGGGAAAUGCGAACAAUAAUGAUAAUGAUAGUAAUAUUGUGUUAUGUUAAGAAAAAUAAUAUAUUACAGUAUGAUUCUA